GUGAGUACUGCGCUCUCGCCGUCUGCUUCUCCCUUUGUGAGGAGUGCAAGGGCCUCUUCGCCUUCUCCCUCUGCGAGGACGCAACCGGCAGGCAGACAUUGCCUCUAGUCCAGCUUUCUGCAGACUGCCGGGGCGGUGUGGCAUCCUCACAGUGUGAUUUGUGUUGGGGAAGACGUGCUCCAGUCUCCAGUCCCUGAAGAUGCUGCACAAGAACCUGAGGUGAUGCAAAGGGCAAAUGCUGCUCCAACAAACAGGCCAACGAGCUUUACGACUCAUGCUGCUUGACCUGAGUUCCUCCAGCAUUGUGUGUGGGUUGCUCUGGAUUUCCAGCAUCUGCAGAAUCUCUUGUGUUUAUGGAUGCUCUUGCCUUCAGUAAGUUGUGAUUGAUGGUGUUGGCGCUUCGGGCUUGGUACCUCUCCCAUGUUCCACCGUCCCCACUCGCAGUUCCAUUCUCAGCACGUGCUCGAUUGCAACGAGGAGCGGAAGACGACGGCCCUGCCACACCGGAGCCCUGAGGAAUCUUGAGGAACUUUGCAGUCUUGGUUUUCUGGCCAUUAAUGGUUUGCGAUGGUGACAUGAAAAGCAAGCGAGGUGAAGACGGUCGAUCGCUAUUUUCCUGAAGAGAAGGAGAUCCGGCGGGAAGGUCGCGCUGAAAGCAUGAGUUUGCUGAGCCGAUUCCGCCGAGCGUUCCGUCAACUCACGCUGCAGGGAAUCCUCCUCCUGCUCUUCGCCUUCUGCACGGCGACAGUAUUCAUCUCCGGCUAUUUCCUCUACAUCGGCACAAAGCAGGAGACGGAGCCGUCGAGCGAGGUGGGGGGCUCGGACUGCGAUGACUCCAGGGUCACUCCGGCUAGGCUGCUCCCGACCAAAGCGGUCAGGCGAACAGAGUCGUCCCGGACGGACCCCGUGGUGCUGGUCUUUGUCGAAAGCAUGUACACGCAACUCGGGCAGGAAAUCGUGGCCAUUCUGGAGUCCAGCCGCUUUAAGUACCACACUGAAAUCGCACCUGGCAAAGGAGAUAUGCCCACUUUGACGGACGGAGACCGGGGGCGAUUUACCCUCAUUGUAUAUGAAAAUAUUUUAAAGUACGUGAACUUGGACGCUUGGAACAGAGAACUCCUUGACAAAUACUGUAUAGAGUACAGUGUCGGUAUCAUUGGCUUCUUCAAGGCAAACGAAAACAGCUUGCUGAGUGCCCAACUCAAAGGAUUUCCACUCUACCUGCAUUCGAACCUUGGCCUCAAGGACUGCAGCAUCAACCCAAGAUCCCCACUCCUCUACAUCACCAAGGCAAAGGAGAUGGAGAAGGGAAAGGGAUUCCUCCCAGGAGAUGACUGGACCGUCUUCCAGUCCAAUCAUUCAACCUAUGAGCCUGUCUUGCUCGCAAAGACCAAAUCAGCGGAGAAAAUCCCUCACAUGGAGGUGGACGCAGCCCUCCACACGACGGUGGUGCAGGACCUGGGUCUUCACGACGGCAUCCAGAGAGUUCUCUUCGGUAACAACAUGAACUUCUGGCUCCACAAGCUUAUCUUCGUCGACGCUGUCUCCUUCCUGACAGGGAAGCGAUUGUCCCUCUCGUUGGACAGGUAUAUCCUGGUGGACAUCGAUGACAUCUUUGUUGGGAAGGAAGGUACCAGGAUGAAAGCAGAAGAUGUGAAGGCUCUGCUUGAAGCCCAGAAUCAGCUUCGGGUCCAUGUUCCGAACUUCACCUUCAAUUUGGGAUUCUCUGGGAAGUUCUACUACACUGGAACUGACGAGGAGGACAAGGGGGACAACCUGCUCCUGUCCAACGUGAAGGAGUUCUGGUGGUUCCCGCACAUGUGGAGCCACAUGCAGCCACACCUCUUCCACAACCAGUCCGUACUAAUCGAACAGAUGCUCCUCAACAAGCAGUUUGCAGUGGAGCAUGGAAUCCCCACGGACAUGGGCUACGCUGUGGCACCUCACCACUCUGGGGUGUACCCCGUCCACCUGCAGCUGUACGAGGCCUGGAAACAGGUGUGGGGAAUGAAGGUGACAAGUACAGAGGAGUACCCCCACCUGAAGCCAGCACGCUACCGUCGGGGGUUCAAACACAACGGCAUCAUGGUUCUCCCUCGGCAAACGUGCGGCCUUUUCACGCACACCAUCUUCUACAAUGAAUACCCCGGAGGCCCCCGGGAGCUGGACAAGAUCAUUAAUGGGGGCGAGCUGUUCCUCACCGUCCUGCUGAAUCCUAUCAGCAUCUUCAUGACUCACCUGUCCAACUAUGGCAACGACCGGCUGGGCCUCUACACCUUCAAGAACCUGAUCAGCUUUGUGCAGUGCUGGACUAACCUGAAGCUGCAGACUCUCCCUCCGGUUCAGCUGGCCGAGCGGUACUUCCAGCUCUUCCCCGAGGAGCAAGACCCCUUCUGGCAGGAUCCUUGUGAAGAUAAAAGGCACAAGGACAUCUGGUCCAAAGAAAAAACAUGCGACAGACUUCCGAAACUUCUAAUUAUUGGGCCUCAGAAGUCUGGUACCACGGCCCUCUACCUUUUCCUGUCAAUGCACCCGGACGUCAUCAGUAACAGUCCAAACCCAGACACCUUUGAGGAGCUGCAGUUUUUCAACGGCCCGAACUAUCACAAGGGCAUUGACUGCAUCUGCAGUUGUAUUUGUGUGUACAGUCCGAGGAUGUGCUGGGGGCAGCCCGCAAUUCCCACACUUCCGGCACCAACAUCAUGUUCGCAACCUUCUGACCCCAACUGGAAUGUGGAAGGAAACCGAGGUACCCGGAGGAAUUCCACGUGGUCACGGGUAGAAUGUACAAACUCCGUACAAACAGUGGCAGAACUGACUCCAGGUCACUGUGCUGUAAAGCGCAACGCUAACCAUUAUGUCAGCAUGCCACCAAAGUACAUGGAAUAUUUCCCAAUCCCCUCCAACACCAGCUCGGACUUUUUUUUCGAGAAGAGCGCCAACUACUUUGACUCGGAGGUCACUCCAAGGCGGGCAGCAGCUCUGCUGCCCAGAGCUAAAGUCAUCAGCAUCUUGAUCAGCCCUGCAGACCGAGCCUACUCCUGGUACCAGCACCAGCGAGCCCACAAUGACCCGGUGGCCCUGAGGUACAGUUUCCACGAGGUAAUCACUGCUGGAGCAGACGCAAUGCCCAAGCUGAGAGCUCUCCAGAACCGAUGCCUGAUCCCGGGGCGAUAUGCAACCCACAUCGAGCGCUGGCUUCUGUAUUACCAUACCAACCAGAUCCUCGUUCUCGAUGGACAUCUCCUCCGGACGGAACCCGCAGCAACAAUGGAAAAGGUGCAGAAGUUCCUCGGACUCCGGAGCAUUCUCAAUUACCACAAGCUGUUGGUAUUUGACCCCAAGAAAGGUUUCUGGUGUCAGCUUCUGGAGAGCAAUAAAACCAAGUGCCUGGGGAAAAGCAAAGGUCGCAAGUACCCGGAGAUGGACCCCGACUCCAGGGCCUUCUUGAGAGAGCACUACAGGGAUUCCAACAUCGAACUGUCCAAGCUGCUGUACAAACUGGGACAGACACUCCCCACGUGGUUAAGAGAAGAGCUACAGAACAGCAGGUAGCUGUCCCGACGGCGCAGGGUGUGUUUCAGACCCCUCCCUGAGGAGUUCAAGCUGAGAUCCCACUCCCAUCCAUCAUCAUACACCGAGGGCCAGAGUCACCUCUUCUGAACGAGCUCCAGGCACACGCAUGGAAACGUUGCUGUUGGCUUGUGACCCUCUGAGGACUGUGGUGCUUACUGUUCAAGCGCUGACUGGAUGCUUGAGAAGAUCAUUGUACAUUUCCAUCUGGGUGCUUCUGCAGAACCAGGUGGCACUGAUUUCUACAAAGACUUUCCAGUACAAAGCCCUUGUUCCUUUACCCAUUCCUCUCUCGGGAGAGAGAUGUUAGCAGUGACUUUGGAGAUCACAAGAGAUUAAAGAUUAGCUUCAUUUGUCACAUGUAUAUCGAAACAUCUGAAUGUACAGUGAAAUGCGUCUUUUGUGUCAAUGACCAACUUAGUCCAAGCGUUGUUCUGGAAAUAGUCUGCAAAUGGGAGGAAACCAGAGCACUCGGAGGAAACCCACACGGCCACGGGAAGAAUGUACAAACUCUUUACAGACAGUGGUGGGAGUUGAACCCUGUAACAGUGUUACCCUACCAUGCCGUCCCCACAGUUGUUCAAUGCCAGGGAGAGUCUUUGGCUCUUCAGCACAAUCUGUGGUAUGGUUUCAGUUGAGGGAGGUCCCUACAAAACUCUUGUUUCCCCUCUCCCUCCCUCCCACCACACAAGCAGUCUUUUGGACUCAGAAAGAAGUGGUCUAAUCUGAUUGCUGCCCCCGUGUUGAAGAGUUCGGCAUGCACCCUUCAGCAAGGUUUAUGGUGGAAGACAGCCGUGUACUGAGCCACGAAAACCGCCAGGCAAAGCCCCCUCCAUCGCAGGACGUCUGUAGGUGUACAGCAGGACCAAGCUUGUGUUAAGGAACGAGACAAGACGACCACUGUUUCCUCAGUCCCACUCCUAACAUUCGCAACAUAUCCGCCACCAGAUUAGAUUUGUAUUCACGUCUGAAGAAAUUAUGUGACUUUUGUACACAUGGACAGUUUUAGAGAAAGCCAUUGCAAGUAAUUUGAGAUUGGUGUCCAUGUCCCAGCCCUCCUAGUCUUCUGAAGCCCACCACCCCUGCUACUGCACAGCCCACUGACACUGGUUCACCAGAGUCCUCUGUCCUGGCCUUGUGGCUUCUGCUUUCACCCCACAAUGUGGUUCAUCCUCUAGGCAAAGACCCUCCCUCUACCAGGGAUGGGCUCUCUGGAGCUUCUGUAGCUCUGGGUUGUUACAGGAUGGGAUUGCUAGCCCCACGCCCAACCCUCCUCCCCUUGCAGCCGUCCUCCACGGUGAAGUGUCCUGAUGUUCAGUGUCUACCGAGUGGAAAAGGUUCACAUUCUCACGUGUACGUGGAAAUAUACGGUGAAGUAUGUUUGCGUUAACACACGAUAUGCUGGGGGCAGCCCGCAAGUUCCCUCCGGUGUUCAGAGGACAGAAUUAACUUCUCCAGGGACAGACGGGUACUGGGUUUGAAGUACUUAUUUUACAUUGAAAAAGAACUUUGACUUAUUCCUCACAACUGUUUGAGUAAUUGUGCAGCUGAUAAAGAUUGGCAAACACCCGAAGAACAUUGGGCAAGAUGUUCCACGUGGGUGGGUAAUAAAAAUUUUCCAGUGAUUUUAAACAACGGCAGGGUGUUGGAGGUCAUCUACAAGUUGCUUGAAGUGAAAUGGGACCACGCAGACCCCAGUGACAAAUUAUAUUUGGGAACGUUCUUUUGUGUGUUAAAGAUUAGCUUUUUAUUGGUCACAUGUACAUCGAAACAUACAAAGAAGUGGUUUGUUUGCAUCAAUGACCAACACAGUCUGAGGACGUGCUGGGGACAGCACACAAGUGUCAUCACCAACGUAGCAUGCCCACCACCUACUAAUCCUAACCAUGCUUCUUUGGAAGGUGGGAGGAGACAGGAACACCGGGAGGAAGCCAACAUGGCCACAGGAGGGUGUCCCGUACAGACAGUGGUGGAGUUGAACCCAGAAUUGAGCAAAGGCAGAACAUGUGAACUCCUUACAGACAGCGGCAUGAACUGGACCUGGACCUCCUGCUCGCUGGCACUGCAAAGCAUCAGGCUACUGUGCCAAACGUUGCUCUUCUGUCUUGAGACAGAAGAACCUUCAAGGUCAUUGGCUGGACGUGGAUGGUAGGUGUCGAAGCUGCCUCUGCUCCAGAACAGUCUGGUAGCGGACACCAUCAAUGUACGUUUAUUAUCAAAGUAUGUAUACCAUAUACAACUGUAAGAUUCAUCUGCUUGCAGGCAGCCACUUUGAAGAUCAGGAUUUGAUGGUCUUGGCCCUAGCGAUCCUCGUGAUGAACUGACUGAAGAGGGUAGUACCUCUUGCAAGGAUGAAGCAGGAAUGUGCAAUGAAGACUUUGUCCUCGGAGUGAAUGAGGCUGCAAGAUGAAGGGCAAUGCUACCUCCUACCGAACACACUGGCUUGCACCUCAAGCUGAACUCCAAAAGUGGAUCCUCCCUCUAAGGAUUUGAAAACAGCUGCUUCUUGCUGAUAAAUCUUCCAUCCCACACACCACCCCCACCCCACUUCCCAGCAAACGUAACUAUGUUUGAGAAGGUGAUAUGUCUUAAGAACAAUCUUUCGUCUGUGGCCGGAUCUGUGCUUGAAAAAUAAUGAACAUUGAAAACUACAUGGAAAAUAAUGUUUACAUCUGUACAACCUUUUAGAACGCUGUUGUCUUGGUAAUUUAUUAGUUUAACGUGUUUAAAUCUGUACUUUAAAUCUCCUAUAAUGUA